CACAAUUAAUGACGACUGCGGAAGCAUUUUAUUCAGAGUUUUCACGAUGUAGUUACUUAAUUAUUACAACAGUGAAAGUGUCUUACUCGUGUAGGAUCUUUUGACGACAAAGCUGCAUCUUUUAACACGCCAGCUGUAUAACUUUCCUCACCGUAACUUGCAUCUGAGAUGUUUAGCUGGAAAUGCUGAGCCCAACACAAUAAAUGCAGUCCAAGAUGGCAAGCCCGCCUGUUACCCCCGAGCAUCUGUUGCCAUCGAAUGCAGAUGCAGAAGGGGGCUCAUCCUCACGGAGCAACUCCCCAGACGGUAACUGCCCCAUCUGCCUGGGCAAAGUCAACAACAAGGCCUUCACCGACGCCUGCUUCCACACCUUCUGUUUCGUCUGUCUGUUGGAGUGGUCGAAAGUCAGACCCACCUGCCCGCUGUGCAAGACAACAUUCAAGUCUAUCAUACACAACGUGGUGUCCAACGACGUCUACGAUCAGUACCACCUCAAGCCGACAGACACUGGGUCGUUUGGGACAGAUGGCCAAGGGAGACGGUUCCGUUAUUCCACCACGCUGACGGAAGAACACAGGGUGCAGUUGACCUGGAGGCGAAAUCGGGCGCUUGAGAGACGCUAUCGGCGUGCCCACCAGGUCCACCUCGAAGCCGCUGCCGUUGAACGCCGGCGCAUGAUCUACCGAGCUGGCCUCUGGGUGAGACACAUGGGCUCCAACCGCUUCACCCGCUUCCGGGACAUUUCCCCGGAGUUCUUCAGCGAGAAUCCUGCCACCACCCACCGACUGGUGCCCUGGCUGCGUCGGGAGCUCGGUAUCCUGUUCACGGGCGAGGACCACGUGACGUUCAUGACCCAGUACAUCCUGUCGCUGAUUCCCAACGUCCACAUGCAGACGGAGGAGUUCCACGAACACCUGCGCCCAUUCUUGUACGGCCAGACGGAGCAUUUCAUCCACGAGUUUGUCAGCUUUGCCCGUUCCCCCUACGACAUGAACACCUAUGAUCAGAUAGCGCAGUAUGAUUUAGCAGCCGUGCGCGAGUUACAGCCGCUGCCACAGCAGGAGCCCUCUCAGCCAAUCCCCCCGUUCCAAAGCAGUACUGACUACAACGAUGUCAUCACCUUGUCUUCAGAUGACGAGGUCAUUGAAAUUCCCACGUUGAGAAGCCUUCUGAGAUCAGACAGUGCCUCCUCAAGCUCCUCCCAAGCUCAUGGUGAGCAGGUAGAAGCUCUUGACCUAUCCGGCACUCACAAUCCAGAGCCGCCCCCCUCUCACCAGUUUGAUCCUGACCAGGCCGGUCCAUCAGGUAUCUCCUCCAAUCAACUUACCCAAGUCAAAACAGAGUGCAGGACUGAUCAGGAGAACGUUAUCAGUGACGACGACAGUGAUGUUGAGAUAGUAGGGGUCGUCAAACCCUACGAAGAAAGAACUCCAGAGUGCAUCAUGCUGUUGUCAUCCAGCACGGAGGAAGAUCAGGACAGGACAGAUUCAAGACGAGAGAAAAAAGGCGGUAAACGACACAAGAAGAGAAAGCACACCACGGAAGAUUCCCACCACAAGGAGAAGCAACAAAACUUGACUCAGCACUCCAGUAAGACUGGCGAGCACAGCCAUGCCGGAAAAUCCUACAGACAUUCACACAAGAAGAAGCACAAAGAUUCCAGACACCACAAGCACUCCAAGAGUGCCAAAAGAGAACACGAAGAGGCUCCACACCAGCCAAAAGAAGGGGCGCACACUUCACAAAAGCAUCACAAAAGGCCACAUUCGAGGUCUAGAUCCAAAUCUAGCUCCUCAUCUCACCACACCUGGAGAAGCAGUAACAAAGACAGCAGUGUUACAAUGGACGAUUACUCAAGGGACGGCAACAAGACGGCAUCAUCUAGUUUGACCUAUUCCGUCCAGUCCCACUCUAGGAGUAGCUCGAGGCAGAGAAGCGACCAGACCUACCUCAUGGAUACUCACAGAGACAAUAAGAGACAAAGGACAGAAGAGGAUGGUUCUGGCCAUGAUGCCCAGCAGAGCGGACAACCAGGAGGUAACUGGGAGGUCAAGACUAAACGUGCCACUGAUUCUGACUCAAGUGAAUGGGCCGAGUACAGCACGAGACAGCUCAGCCACGAGCAUCAUCAUUACAAGACGACGCUUUCUAGAAAACAUAAAUCCAGUGACAGCAGAGAUGGCAGUGAGGGAUACAAGAUCAGACGGCCAUCCGAGGAUGCGCAUAGCUCCGGCCUCCACUUAACAAUGGUUAUCAGUCGCAGAAACACCGCAGACGAUCGCGAAAAGUCCUCCAGCAGCAACGAUUUUGUGUCGGUCAAGUCCAGCCGCAGCCGGCACAAGAAACACAAAAAGCACAAACGACACAAAUUUGACAGUGAACGUAAAAGGCACCCAAGCAAGGGGAAACCUGCCAACUUUGUGCCUUUCACACAUUAUGACAUUUCGUACAGAAACGACGACGAAGCCAAUGAUGGAGAUGAAAGUUCUGGCUCUACGGAAGAGGAAUAUUUUAAAAAACGAUCAAAAGUCAAAUUUUCUUUGGAGUAUGUUCAAAGGAGCAUCAAGUCCCACUGUUUCAUUUUUGAGGAGUCUUAAAUGUCUUCCAAAGUUGUUUUAUUCUAGACCUCUUGAUUGGUUAUUCUACUUAACUUGUGGAAAACAAAUCUCUUCAAUGAGAGGUUGGCCAUGAGUGCGAAGCCAAUGAAUUCACGAAAAAACAAUAAUUCAAUGAAAUUUAUUUUAAACCAAAUUAAGAUAGAUUUAACAGUUCGCGCCGGGAUUAUUUUGACAUUGACCCGACCCAGGCUCGGGAUUGUUUUCACGAACCUCGAUGGAAGCACACCUGAAGCUUUCGGCCUUGCUCGCUGCGAGAGGGUGGCAGACAGAUAUUUCCGGCCUCGCGCGUUGUGUAUUUAUACUUCAUCCGUUCUGAAUACUGCAAAACCUUUGCGUGUACAUUUGUACAUGUAUACAAGUCAUCCGACUUGAACUGGUUAAAUGGCAUAGUAUUUCAAGAACUCACAUUCAUAUCUCAAACGGCAUUGACUGAUUGAAAUCAAUUUGCUUACUUAAAUAGACCAUUUUUUAUCAAGGGCGAGUUAUUGGCAUCAGAUAUUUGUACAUGUAUGGCUGGUUUUAUCAUAAAUAUGGUCCAACCCUGGCACACUUGCGUGCAUGUCUGGCCUUCAACUUCAAGUUGUACACAGUACGUAUGCACAUGUACAAUGUAUAUGUAGCUUUGAUGAACUGUAGCCUAUUUAAGGGUGCGCAUUAACGGGUAGUACUGGAACCAGGUACCAGAUUGAAAAAAAAACGGGUACCUGUUAAAAAAAAAAAAAACCCAAAAUUCAAAUCCCCAAAGUUGCUCUACAGAUUAUUCAUAAAGUUUUGCACGAUAAUACUACCACAUCGGCGCAUCAGUGCAACAAUUCAUGUGUGUGCAGUGAGCUUUGUAGCUUUAUGGUGAAUUAACUGCAUCUUUCAUGAACGUCAUAAACAUGACAUCUGUUUUGUUUUAUAGCCUGGUUUCAUUUUUGAAACUUCCUUACAAAUGACAUUCAAAACCUUUCUUUUUUUCAUUGUUUGUGAAGUACCAAGUUCUUUGUAAAGUUGAUAACAGGCACCCGAUUCGUAAAACAAAAUCAGAGGAAUAUAAAAAAAUACCCUAUGGCUAACAUAGGUCUCCAAUAAUUUAGGCAAUUGCUUGCAUUUAUGAAUUUGCAUUUUGUAUGUAUAUGUUGCUUGUCAUGCUUGUACAGUAAGAAAUUGUGUAAAGGAUGAUUUAGAUUUGUUUUUGUCUUUUUGGUUUUCAAAAAAAUAUAUUGCUUUUUAUCAUUUUUUUAAAUAUUUGAAAUCGCAAACACUACGAAAAAAUGGUCGGAAGUGACCAUUUGUGGUUUAACUACAAAUCCAAGCUUAGAUAUUCAAAUAUGUUUUACCCAAUGCUGUAAAUGCCCAUUUCUUAAAAAAGUGGUUUUAUUUGUUCAAAGUUCUCAGAACUGGCAGCAACCAGCAAUAAUUAAAGACGGGAAGUGAGGCCUAA